AUGUCCAAGACAUCACUUUAUACCCCCUGUCUCAUCUCGCUGAUCCUCACCACCCUCUUUCUCACCACCAUCACCAUCCUCCUCCUUACACCACCCACUUUUCUCCCACAUAUCAUCCCUCCCAUAUGUCCCUCACAGUCCCCAACCUUACCUGAUCAGACUCACGGUCGAGUCUUCAACGAGCGUCCUGAACUCGAACGAACAGUCAACGACUCGGACGAAGUCCAGACAUGGGAAUCCAUCCUCCUCCCGCCCGGUGGCGGAGGCAUCCUAUCUCAUACAAUCCCCGACAGCAUUCAGCUCACUGCUGAUGAGAAGAAAGAGAAGUUACUCCUCAGUUGGGGGAUAUCAAUGUUCCAUCAACUGCACUGUCUGAUUGUGCUGCGGGCGAUUGUCUUCCCCGAGACGACGGAGAACAAAAUCAACUCAACCAGUCAGGCGCAUUCGGGCAACAUGAUGCAUGACAAGGUACAUUGGGCGCAUUGCUUUGACUAUAUUGCUCAGGGCAUCCUCUGUGCUGCAGAUGACACGAUCGAACGGCCCCGGAAAACCAAGGACUGGCACGGCAAGACCAUCUUCGACAUCGAUGGGGUGGGCGCGGUGCAUCAGUGUCGAGAUGCGAGGGCACUGUGGCAGGCGUCAGUGAAAUCGAUGGAGGAGCCGGUGGAUAUGCAGGGCUGGAGGGAGGGAGUGGGCGUGCGGGAGUUCUUGGGCGAAAGGGAAAUGGGAGAAGAUGAGGAGGUGCCGGAGUUGUAUACCUUGGGUAUGGAGUAG